AUGCAGUCUUUCGAAAGCUUCCCCAUCGCCCAUGCGGCUAUGGUCUUUGGCUGCUUCGUUCCCGCCGUCAUGAUCUUCUGCAGCACCUUCUGCACAGUCCGCCGUAACAAAGACCCCGCCAGAACGGCAUUUACAUAUCUCAAAUACGCUCUCGUCACAUUCUCAUUAUACGCGCUAUUCGCCGCCGCCAGCUCCGCCUUCAACGCCGCAUGGAACAUACUGGUCCUGGAUAAUGGCGAUUCAAUCAAUGUCGACGACGACAUGCCCAUCAAUUUCAUGAUCGCCAUGGGCUACGCUAGACCUAUCAGCAACGUAGUCUGGAUGUUCUUCGAGCUGGUUACCGAUAUCCUCAUCAUGAUUAUCCUCCUUCGUCUAUGUACCGGUAUUCUCAUGGUGCACCACGCAUCUAUUCCCAACGAAAAGCCUUACCUUGGCAAGAACCUUCGCUUCGCUUCUUACGGUGCAGCACUGGUACUACUCGCUCUGGCCUUGACGACGUUGGGUCUUCAUAUUCGUCUUCUUGUUCCAAUGUACUAUGGUCCUGGUGACGAUUAUGUUAUUAUUAUGACCAGGGCUACGCAGGUUAGCUUUGCUUUCAAGGUUUUUGUUUUUGUUAUUUCUCUUGGUAUGGUUGCCAAGACGGUUAUGGUCAAGAGACGUGUAAAGCCGGACAUGGGUAUGCUUGAUGGUGCUAAGACUUCUGGCCAUACACCAUCCGACAGGAACCUCACCUGGGUCUCAAACAUGCUCAUCGCUGCAUCAGUAGUCUGGCUUCUCCACACAAGCUUCGCUAUGGCUUCAUUUGCCGCCUGGAACAAUCUCGAAAACGCCAGAGAGAUCAGUCCUUUGGAGUAUCAACCCUUCUACUACAUUUUCGAAGCGCUUUUCAACAUCUGGCCUCAGUUCAUCACUCUUGUUUUGACCUAUCUUAUGGGACGCAAAAAGGAGGACGGUGUCUGGAUGAAGCAGGAGGAACGCUUGCCGACCGUGAAUACUUUUGGCCCUGCGUACACUGCCCCUUAG